ACCUCAAAAUAUGUAUGAAAAUAUGUAUAUGUACGAAAACCCUAAAAUAUGUAAAAUAUGGAAAACCAUGUUUGAAUUUUUGAAAUCAUGCUUCGAUAGGAUGUGUGUAUACGAAGUUAUAGUAAGAUCUGAUUGGGAAUGAAAAAGUUAGAAAUACAUACAUAUCCGCCCUCUGUUCAUAACUCAAACCCGUCUUGGCACGAGUUCAUUCGCUCACCUGAUUUUGAUUUCGAUUUGUCAACAUUGAAAUUUAAUCCCAAAUUUUAAAUUAAGUCUGCCCUUAUCCAUACAAAUUUAAGGAUUUUCAGAAAUGUCCUGCCUUCUCUGUUUGACCGAAUUCUCGGGUGACGAUCCUCCAUCAAAAUACGGAAAUAAUGCUCAUGCAGCCCCCAGAAAAAUACGAAUCUCCACCCUGUGCCAAUUAUUCUUGGCAUCGUGUUCUUCUCUCAAUAGUACAAUUUAUCAGCAAAAUGUUACCUCUCAAUUUGCCGAGGAUGACGAGACAUGCGACUUUUGUCCCAGUUGUGAUGCCGUGAUAACUGAGGUGGAAGAAAUUCGGGUUCAAAUGUCGCUCCUGGAGGGUCAAAUUAGGACGAAAUUUGGGCAAAUUCGAGCCACAAUAACUUCGUCGUUACACAAUCAGGGUCAAGAUAAAAUUAGUAGGAUAACGGACAUCAUUCUUCGUGUCACAGAUGAAGUGGACGACAACUUCGCAUCGGACGAUCUCGAAGUUAAAGUAGAACAAGUUGAAUUUGAUGGCGACGAAACCGUGACGGAUGCAGACGAAGAAUUGUUAAGUAGUUAUCAUCAUUUUGACCACUCAACAAAUUCUAAAGUAUACUCGGACGAGGAGGACAACGAAAUAAAACAGGAUCCCCUCCAACUGGAUGAUGAUUAUGAUGAUUCUGCAUUUUGUAUCAUUCCUUACUCUCAAAAAGAACAAAAAUCGGUACAAGCAAAAAAGCAAAAGUCGACAAAAACCAGAUCAAAAUCUUCACAAAAUCAUCAAGCUAAACGUAAACGGGACACAUUGCUCUCUAAAAAACCGGAAAAAUCCACACUACCAAUAAAACGCGUCAAACGAGAGCCACGACCCAGCCUAGAAAAGACGCGAUCCUCACCUCGCACCAAACCUGUCCAACCCCCAAAGGAAUCAAUUACCAAGAAAAAAGUUGUGUCAACUAGAUCAAUUCCCCACGUAAAAUCUGAACCAAUCCUCCCCACCGAUUCCGAUGACGAUUCGGCUCGUACCUCCGACCAAGAAAAUAACUCUUCUGACACCGAAGACGAAAAGGUCAUCCCCUCCUCCAAACGUAACCUUCCCCACAAAUGCACUUCCUGCGCCAAAUCUUUUUCCACCGAAUCCAACUUGACCCGUCACAUGGCGCGCGACCAUCGCUAAAGAACGUCCGGGAAUGAAUGGGAAUGUCGUUCUCAUGCCUUUACCGCCCACAUGAAACAGUUCCACCCAGGCGUUCCUGCCUUCCAAUGUUCUAUCUGCGGGAAGAAAUUCGGCACGAAAAGCAGGAAAGCGCUAGGUGCGCACAUGGUCAUGCGACACGAG